AUACACCUUUACUAUUAUUAAAACUGUCAAACAUAUAUCGUCUACAAAACCAUGGGUCAAUCACCUUCGAAACUGGACGAAAAGGAGGCGGCUGCUAGCAUGAGCCGCCGUAGUCUCGACAAAAAUGCAUAUGUAUUUGUCGAUGAUGAUGCCCUGCCUCCUCCAUAUGAGGUGAGCGACAGAGUCAGCACCAUAUCUCUAGACCAAACGAAACGAUGGGAAGAGAAGCUUCUGUCUUCAGCAAGAAACCGCCUCGCCAUUUCCGCUCUAUCACAAAACCCCGUUUCAGCUAUCCUGACCAACAACAAUGCAGCCGUCGCCGAUAGCCAAAUUUUCAACAUAAAGAUCCCCUUCGAGGGCGCCCCAAUCACCAACCAACGAUCAUCCGGUCGGUGCUGGCUAUUUGCUUCUACCAAUGUCUUCCGAGUUGCCAUUAUGAAAAAGUACAAUCUCAAAGAGUUCGAACUCAGUCAAUCUUAUCUCUUUUACUGGGAUAAGAUUGAGAAAGCCAAUUGGUUCCUCGAGCAUGCCAUUCAAACAGCAGGAGAAGACCUUGAGGGUCGUUUGGUGCAAGCUCUUUUUGCAAGCCCAGUCGGCGAUGGCGGCCAGUGGGAUUUUGUAGUCAACCUGGUCAAUAAGUACGGCUUGGUACCUCAGAUGCUUUAUCCUGACUCGUACAAUGCCAAAAAUAGCAGCAAGAUGGGUUCUCUUAUCACGACAAAAUUGCGUGAGCAAGCUUUGGUUCUUCGAAAGCUCGUCGCCACUGGCAAAACCGACUUAAUUGCUGGCCACAAAGAAUAUUUCCUACAAGAAAUCCAUAGCAUUCUAACAAUUAUGCUGGGACCACCUCCGGGUCCCGACAAAGAGUUCACCUGGACAUUCUAUGAUGCGGAAAAUAAGUACACCAAAGUCGUGACGAAACCAACCCAUUUUGCGUCGACAUUGUCAGAUAAACAGACAGUGCGGGCAUGUGGUGGAACCGAUGUUAAUGAGCUUUUUAGUCUGGUUAACGAUCCCAGAAACGACUAUAACCGCCUCUUGACUGUUGAUAGACUGGGUAAUGUUGUGGGAGGCGUUCCCGUCAGAUAUGUGAAUGUCGAAAUGAAGACGAUCAAAGAUGCUGCCAUCUCCAUGCUACGAGCUGGAAUACCCGUUUUCUUCGGCAGUGACGUGGGAAAGUUUUCCGAUUCUGCAUCUGGUAUUAUGGAUACGGAAUUAUUCGAUUUUGACCUGGGCUUUAAUAUCAAGUUGGGAUUGACGAAAGAACAACGCCUGAAGACCGGGGAAUCAGCAAUGACUCACGCCAUGGUUUUGACAGCCGUUCACAUUGAGAAUGGCAAACCCGUACGAUGGAGAGUGCAGAACUCGUGGGGCGAGAGUGCAGGUGACAAAGGCUGGUUCGUGAUGACGGACAAAUGGAUGGACGAAUUUGUCUAUCAAGUUGUUGUUGAUCCACGAUUUGUGAGCAAAGAGACUCGAGAUGUCUUGAAGCAAGAUCCUGUGGUCCUCCCUUUGUGGGACCCGAUGGGUGCUCUGGCUUAAUCCAUUUUCCCUUUGGCCUCGAUUUGAACUUUACUACCGGAAAUGAUAGUUGAAUAAGUUUGCUUUCAAUGUUGGGAAAUAUGUAAUCUUCACGACUAAUAAGAUGAUUGGUAAUGAUGGUUUUAGUGCAGAGUAAAUAUUUGAGAUAGAGCAUUAAUAGCAUAGACAAUGCCCAAGGAAAUCCGAAGCGACUUCGUAAAUAUUCCGUUGAACAACAAACAGACUUCAGAACAUCAAAUUUCUUUGAGCCUGUCUUGCACAGAUCCCACAACUCCACUAAUCAAGCCCUCAGCCUCAUGCGUAAAAUGCUCAGCUACGUUGCCUGUCACCUCCGUCACAUUAUGCCCUGAAAUUUCGCGCACCUCUUUCUUCAAGGCAAACUUCUCCUCAGCCCAAGUAACCGGCGACAGAAUGAAGGACCCCACAACGCAGCCGGCGGUAGCAAACACAUGCCAGACGAAGACCAGAAAUACUCCGAUACCAAAGGGCAAGAAGAAUUUAACAAAUUCCGUGGUCUGAUACAAGUCUUCCUGCGAUGAGAUCCAGUAUUUGGUUGUUUCGCCGUUAACCCUUGUUUCUUCACUAGACUGGUCGUCGUGUCCGGACCUUUCAAAGUCUAGAUAGCCGCGAUAUUCGUUCGGAUCAGUCGUUAGUGUCAGAACUGUUGUCAGGGUGACCGGGGCCAGGUAGAAGGGGAUGAUGAAAAUCGAGAAGAUUUGUGAGAUGGUGACGUAGAGUUUGAGAUUAUCUUGGUCGAAAGCUGAUCAUCGACCACAUUGUUAGCCCAUUCAAACUCAGUUAAGCAUACAUACAAGGAUAACUUGUCGCACCAACUGAUCUAACCUCAAGAUCAAUUCGAGGUGACAUAAUCUUGUAGAAUCGAUAAAUUGCCUGAAUCAGCCAUCUCGACCCAUUGAAGGACCAAGUCCGACAAAAUGGAUGCGAGAAUGAAGCAUUGGGGGUGAAGAACUUUUCAAUUGUGGAUGCUUGUAACUUUGGAGGAGACUGCGUAAGCAGUUUGAUGACAGUGCGGAUCUCGCGAACUAUUGAGAUACAUCACGUUCUU